AUGAGCAGAAGAAAUAGUGAGACUCCAAAUGAAAAUCAAGAGCCUUCUCCAAAUGAGGAAAUUCCCAUUAACGAGGAAGGGGUUGAAAGAGAAAAUGGCGAAGUUGAGGAAAUAAAUAUUCAUAUCCCAGAGAACUUCUUCUAUACCAUUGAGGAAAUUGUGGCAAAACCUCACAUGCCCGAAGACAGCGGAUUGCCAGAAGACCUAGUGAAACUUUAUCAAUCCUUUGGUUGUGACACACUCCGUCGAGAUAACCUCCAUCUUCUCGACGUCGACAUCAUUGGUUUUGUAGUUGGAAAUUACUUUGAGAUCCACAAUAUCAUAACAAGUGAGAGAAGCUUUAUUCGUUCGACCAGUGGCUUGGGCAUUGGAGCCGUAGAUAUUCACACUGAGAAAAAGUAUAUUGCUAUUGCGGAAAAAGGCAGCAAGCCAAAUGUAUGCAUUUAUGAAUACCCCAGUCUUAAACUGUACCGAAUCCUAACGGAGGGAACUCAGACGGCUUAUUCUUCCUGUCAGUUUUCUCCUGAUGGUUCUUUGUUGGUCACAGUUGGUGAUGAACCAGAUUAUCUUUUGACUAUAUGGGACUGGCGUGAAGAGAAAAUAGUUCUACGGAAUAAAGCCUCCACUCAGGAGGUCUUUCGAGUUAGAUGGUCCAUGGAUCUUCAUGGCAUACUUGUGACAGCCGGUUCUGGACAUAUUCGGUUUUGGCGAAUGGCUGACACUUUUACCGGUCUUAAAUUGCAAGGUUCCAUUGGAAAGUUUGGCAAAGUUGAACUCUCUGAUAUUGAAGGAUUUCUGAUAAUGCCUGAUGGAAAGGUACUGUCAGGCUGUGAAUGGGGAAAUCUUCUACUAUGGGAAGGUGAUUUGAUCAAAGUCCAAAUUUCCCGAAAGAACAAAGCCCCUUGUCACGAUGGACUUAUCAUGCAGAUCUUACUUUAUGAGGGCGAACUCAUAACUAUUGGUACCGAUGGCUUCGUUAGAACAUGGGAAUUCGAUGCAAUUGACCAAGCUGAGGCUCAAGAAGAAGGAACACUGCUUGAAAUGGAGCCAAUGAAUGAAAUACGAGUCUCCCCGCGAGCCAAAUUAAUGUCCCUCAAGUGGAUAGAAAGAAACGAAGAAAUUAUCUGGUACUGCUUGGAUGCACAGAACGGAAUUUGGAAACUUGAUCUUAGCUUUUCACACAGAGCAGUACCUCCUCAAUUGAUCUUGCCUUACCAUGCUGGAGCAAUUAUGGCGUGUGCAGUCUCGCCAAUAUCCCACAUUGUGACUACUCUCGGUUCUGAUGGCACUGUAAGAGUAUUUGACAUACCAAAGAAGCAGCAAGUAGGAGAAAAACAUUUCAGUUCUAGCGGUCGAUGCCUCAUUUGGUUGCCUCAAGAGGUGGAUCCGAAGGGCAAAACACUUAUUGCUGGUUUUGCGGACGGUGUGAUACGAGUUAUUCAAAUCACUACUGAUGCUGUUGAUGAGAAUCGGGAGAUAUCCAAAGAGGCGGUGCAUAUUGAAUUAAUCCAAGUUCUCAAACCUCACACCAGCCCAAUCUUAUCUAUGAGUAUAGAUCCGAAACGAGGACUCUUCGCCACAUCGAGUGAAGAUUCCACUAUCUUCAUAUGUCGUCUGGAAGGUCUCCAUGUAGUUGCAAGUGGAUUCAUCCGACUUCCCAUAAAAGCAUUCAAGAUCCAAUGGCAUAGAACGGACGCUGGCGCGAAUCCCACUCUCUUGCUUUUAAUGGAAAGAAGUUACGUGCUCGAGGUAUCUAUUCCAGUUCGUGAAGCACCUGAAAGAGGUACCUUCGAGAUAAUUGAUGUGAAACCUCUCCGAGGUUUUCAAAUGGAUAGCGUGGCGGGUGCCCUCCGUGUUGCAGAGUCCAGUGCACAGAAGCGAUUAGCUUACAAGGAGGCAAAGAGGAGGCGAGAUGAGAAUAUUCUAAAACUAUUUAAGGAAGGUCAUAUCAAGGAAGAAGACCUGGCUAAAGCUGAUGAAGAUGAAAAGAGGCUUCAAGGCAAAUUGGAGGAUGAACUUGCUCGUUUGAAGGUGAUUGUUCCAGAGAUUCCCUCACCAGUUAUUGGAGGAUUUAUUUGCCACGAAGAUCCAAACCUCAUAUGGAUAAACCUGGGAGAUUGUGAUGCUGGUUACAUGUAUAAAUGUGGACUGAUGGAUCUAGCUGAUCCUAUCUCAAAAACAAGCGAGGAACUAGAGGUUGAAUCAAAAGAGGGCCGUAUUUUAACUGAACUAGAGACUGUUCUACCUCGUGUUCGAUCAACGAAACCACUGCAAUCUGCAUGUAUCAUUGAUUGUAAUGAUUCACCACUCAUAUCCUGGACUUUCAGCCACAAUGGGAACAGAGUAAUCAUGGGAUUUGAGAACGGUCUUCUCCGAAUUCAAAUGUUGCAAAAUCCCUUUGAUUUUUCUGAAAUGGGCCCAUUUUGGACCUACGCGUUUUCUGAUAAUAAUCGUGGUGCCUUGAAGGGUCUCGACCUUACAUUUGAUGAAUCAUUUAUUGUAACUGCUGGAGCUGAUGGAACUUUAUUUGCACUUGAAUUCAUGUCAGAGGAUCAACAGAGACUGGAAGUUAACGAGAUGCUUUCUAGAUUGCCCUCAUCUAGUCAUGAGCCAGUUGUGCAAGAUGACAUCCAAGAUCCCAGCGAAUUCAGCAUUGAACAGGCACGUAGAAAGAUGGAAUGGGAUAAACUUGUUGAAGCUGGCGAAGAAAAGAAACGUGAGACCCGCAGACAAGUCGCGGAGUUGAAACUUCGUUUCAAGAUGGCAAAGGAGAUGAAUGAACGGUUGCCUGUUCAUAUGCGUAUCAGUAGUGGGCAAUAUGAGAUAUUGGACCAAUUGCGAGAUAAAUUAUUAAAUGAACGUGAGGAGCAGAUGGACAUUCUCAACAAGGAAGCGGCGUUUGAAAGCCGAAGAAAGUCGAUUGCUCUUCAGAAGUUGAUUGACCGAUUUAGAAAGGAUCUCUCCUGUGAGUAUAUCAUACUUAGAGCAUUUGGAACAAGUGAUAAAGUGAGCACGAUAAGAAAGAACAAACUUCCAGAACAACAUAUGGAACUCAUGAAACAUCUAAAAGAAGCAGUGAAUGAGGAAAAUGCGAUUGAAGCCGACAGGCGAAAGACAAAAUAUUCAGUAAGAACCCAACAUCGACAGACAGAACAUUCCCAACUAUACAGUUCGGAUUUAAUCAGUCGUUCAAAAGUCAAGGGGGCUCGGGGUCUUCGAUAUGUUCGGGAACUACAAGCAAUCGAAGCCAAACGUCAGAAGCGUGAAAAAAGACGUCAGCAGUGGGUGGAACUCUAUGCUCUGAAACCAUCUAACACAUGGGAAGAUCCUUUAGACAUUGCGGCAAUAAAUCAGGUCAAAAACAACAUGGGCGACUAUAAACUCAAGUCUUCCAGUAACUAUGCUGUGUCCGAUGAACACAAAACCACUGGUUUGAAAUCUCGUCUGACUCUACUCGAAGCUAUUGAACAGAUUUCAGAGAGACAAGAUGAUUUCAAUCAUCGCCUAUUAAAACUACGCGAUAAAAAGGCCUUUAUCAUUAAAGAGCUGAAGAAAAUAAACGAGAACCUCAAACAGAUUUCCGAUGACCUACCUCCGAAUGAAGUAACGUUUCGUCUAAAGGUGGAGGAACUAGAUGAUUUUGAAUUUCCAGAAAGAGCCUUUGACGCAACCGAGGCAGCUCUAGAAGCUUUUAAGAAUUCAUUCAAAGCCAGUGAAAAAGUAAACGACGAGCAAGCCAAACAGAUGGAUUCCAAUGAUGAUGAUGAUGAAACAAAGGCAGAAAAAAUACCGGAUUUUACUGUUUUCUUGUUUAAUAACAGGCCAGGUAUCUUUAUUCCCAUGGCCUUACUGCUUAAACCUAAGUGCUUCUUCACACUGAAUUUGCAUGUUCCAAAUCAGCCCAAUAUCCUCGGACUUCCAUUAUAUGUUAAUGACCCAGAGGACGUGACGGUUGAUGAAAAUAUUCAGAUGCUAGAGACGCACCAACCGCAUAAACCAGAAACUAUGGUCGAUUCGACUGAUACGGGAAAUGUAAAUCCAGAUAUGCAUGCGUCUCCGGUUCUAUUUCAACGAACCCAAUCAGCGGAUUUGGAAGAUAAUCUACGCCUUGAAAUGAAGAAACAGGAAUUACGCUAUGCCAAAGCCCUAUAUAAACAAAAGUGUUUGAUUGCAGAGGCUGGUAAAAUGGUACGCUGUUUCAACAUGGAAUUACGCACAUUGAGCCAUCAGAAAGUUAACUUGGAUUACUUAAUGAAGAGAGCUAAUUUAAAUGUUCUUAUUCUCUACGAAGAGUACAAACUGUUAUCUGAAUUCGAAAGUGAGGAACGGGGCUUGACAGAUAAUUAUGAUAACAAGUUGCAAGAAAAGAAUGACAUAGAGGAAAAGAUAGCAGAUAAUGAGGUUGAAAUUGAGUCGACUUUAGCAAACAUCGAAAGAACCACUGCGAAAGAAAAUGAAGUCUACGAAGACUUCAAGGCAUUCCUGGGGGAGAGUAAUUCAUGGAGUGAUUUUUUACAGAAAGUUUAUCGAAAGAAGGUCAAAAGAAAGGCCAAAGGAGCAAAUGCAGGUGAAAAUGCCAGCGAAGAGUCUUCUGUUUCUGAUUCAUUCACAUCUGAAAUAUCUGAAUGGAAUGAUUCUGAUGAAUACAAAGACUCAGAAGAAGAUUAUGAUAUCGGCGAAGGUGAGAGUGGAACUGGAAUAUAUGACCUCGACACUUGUCCACCUGGCUGUCCUGAGACUGAUUACGAUCAAACAGUCGCCUUCCGCGAAAUGCGUUUGGAUGUGGAAGACGAAAUCACCGAACAGAAACAUUUAUUAGAGACCAUUAAGAAAGAAAGCGAGAUUCUUGCAAAGAAGGCCAAAAUUGCUCAGCAAAAUCUUCAGCAAGCAACUGUCGAACUCCAAGAAUUUCAGUUGGAAAAACAGAGGAAACUGAAUAUCAUUGAAAGAAUGGUGAAUCUCAGGCUGGACCAAAUUAAUUAUUUCUUAAACGGUUCUCUGCCAUCCGAUUUUGACCAGGUUCUAGUUUUCCGUAAUGAUAGUGCGGAGCAGCUACGAAAUCGGAUUCAAUCACUUGAUGAAGAGAAACCGCUUUUGAGAAACGAAAAACACCAGGCUAAAGAGAAGUACAAAAUGUUCCAACGCCAUAAGAAGGUCUUCCAGGGAGAGUUACAAAAGAUGGUUAUAAAGUGCGAUGCCAUGAUGAUUGAUAAGUUCGGCAGGUUGGAAGAUCUUGAACGACUAGAAACUAUUCAUCCGAAGGCUGAGGAAUUGACACUACGCACAUUGGGUCUCCAGGCUCGUAUUCAAAGAGAAGAAAAGGAGUUAGAAGAAAAGUUGCGUAACGCCCGGGAUGAAUACAUUGUUCAGUUAAGAGAGAAUACUCGGCUAGUGAUGAAGAAACUCAUGCUCUUCAACGAAAUGCAGACGCUAUCCAAGGCAUUGGACAAGCAUUUACGCAAUCCGAAGAGAGGAAGUGACGGAAGUCAAAAUGCAAGAACUGAAGACUUAAAUACUCGCUUAAAGGCAGUGUACAUGCAGGCUGAAGAAAUAAAUAAACUUACAGCAGAAUAUCGUUAUCUUUCAGAACAAGAACCGAAGACUUCCAAUUCACACCAGGAAAGUCUUAACAAACAAAUUGUUACAUAA